UUUUUCAGCGUGUGAUCAAAUGCUUCAAUUUAGUCAAAUGCUUUUAUCAAGUUUAUUGUUCAUCGGCCUGUUCUCCAACAUUUUGUGUGACGAGACUACAACAAGAAAUUUCAUCAAAGGAUCAAACAAAACUUUAGAACCAAAAUAUGAAUGCCGAAUAACCAAAGCUCUCUAUGAGAUGUAUAUGGGAGUUACUUGGCAUGGUAAACCUACUAGUCCAAAGAAAUAUUGUCGCGAACCUGGCUGUUUCUACAUUCAAGAACAAAGUAAUUUUGGUUGGGUAUUUCCUGGAUUUCUCAAUGAACCGGAUAAAGCAAAAAGAGUUUUGAUGGGUUGCCGUUCAGACAUUCCCUAUUUACUUUUGAGUACAAAUCAAAAUUUGAAGAUCAAUUACCAUUUACGUUUACACCAAACUCUAAUAUUUCUUCGAGCGUGCUUUGCUGGAAUUAAGGAUGAAAAUUUUUUAUUAAAUGAAAACUGUCAGGCCGAAUCGGAUACUACAAAUUAUGGAAAUGGAGAAAUUUUAUCAAAUGAAACUUGGCUCGGACGUUUUUUACCUAGCGCUCAAAAGCGUUGUUUCUACAAAUUCGUUGAUGGAAUUUUCUUUGUUCGUGAUGAGAAGUUAGAACAACAACGAAUUGUUUGUUGCAGUAAUGGAACUAAUACAGUACAGGGCGAGAUACAUUUUCGAGAAACUUGCAAAGUAACUACAAGAGGAAUGAAUGAUGUUAAAAGUUGGCGUAUAACCGAUAAUUAA